AGUGAAUAAUUCAAAUAUUAUAUGCUUUUGAGAAACAUAAUUGUUUUAAUGGGGUUCGUUUUGUGGUGGAAUGUGUUUAUUUUGUGUUUCCACAGGCAUGCCACCGAACACGCAUUGAGGGUCCAUUCUGAUCCCGUCGCAGAGCUGUUGUGAAUCAGGGAGGCAUUAGAAAUUAGGAAGGUGGAGAUCGUUGGUUGAAUAGUAUUCCGUUUUGUUAUUUAUGUUUUUAAUUCGCCUGUGAUGCUUUCAGUGUAAUAUGUUAUUUGUAUUUGCAAGUGCUGUAGUUGAUCAACAUCUGAUGGUUUCAGCAUGCCUCAGAAGCUGCUAAAGAGUGCCCAUUACAUAGAGCUGGGGAGCUAUCAGUACUGGCCAGUUCUAGUUCCAAGAGGGAUACGCUUGUACACAUACGAGCAGAUUCCUGUGUUCCUGAAAGAAAACCCCUACAUCACAGAUGGGUACAGGGCAUAUUUACCUUCUAGUCUAUGCUUAAAAAGUCUCUUCAUCCUGUCCAAUGAAACGGUGAAUAUCUGGAGUCACCUCAUGGGCUUCUUCCUCUUUUUCACCCUGGGGGUCUAUGAUAUGUCAGCAGUGCUGCCAGCAGCCAGGGCCUUCAGGGAAGACUAUGUCAUCUACUCCAUCGGCCUCUUCUGCUUUCAGGUUUGCAUGCUUUGCUCAGUGGGGUAUCACCUGUUCUGCUGCCAUCGCUCAGAGAAAACAAGCCGCCGCUGGAUGGCAUUGGACUACGCCAGCAUCUCCAUAGGAAUCCUUGGCUGUUACGUUCCAGGGGUUUUCUACGCCUUUUAUUGUAAUGAUUACUGGCAGCAAGUGUACCUGAUCACAGUAUUGGCCAUGAUCCUAGCAGUCUUCUUUGCCCAGAUUCACCCCCAUUAUCUCACCCAGCAGUGGCACAGACUGCACUCUGUCAUCUUCUGCUCUGUUGCUGGCUAUGGUGUCAUACCAACCAUCCACUGGGUUUGGCUAAAUGGAGGUUUUAGUGCCCUUAUUGUCCAGGAGUUUGUCCCUCGUGUUCUUGUGAUGUAUCUGAUUGCUUCUGCGGCUUUUCUCUUCUACAUUUCCAAAGUCCCAGAAAGGCCAGCUGAAUUACCUUGGAUCAAGUCAUCAAGUAUGGCACAUCCUGGUGGUGCUGAUGUUUUACUGGUGGCACCAGUCUGCAGUUUACAUCAUGAAGUACAGACACAGCCAGCCUUGCCCUGUGUACCCAAUGCAUGCCUAACACUGGAAGGAACUCCUUGUGAACUGCAGAGUAUAAUGUCCCCAUGCAUUAAAGUGCCUGCUUUAGGUAUAUUUAGUGCUGCACUGGCUUGUUUUUUAUCCCCAGUUAAACUGGGAUACUUCUAUGUUUCUACAAACUUCUGUACUGUUUAGUCUUUCUGUAUGUUUUCGUUAUUUUGCAUAGAUGUACUUAGUGGUUCAUAUUUAUUAAUUAAUAACAGAGGUGGUCAUCUGCCUUUAUAAAAGCUGCUGUGCAAUAUUUUUUACCAGUUGUCAUUUGUUUGUUAUCAGCAUUAAAUCAAAAAGAUUUUAAUUACAUUUUUGUAUCAGUUUUUUCACUCUAGUAUUCCAGGAAUACCUUAAUUUCUGUUUUUAUGUUUACAUUUUUGAAAAGACCAUAUUAGCAUACGGGUUGCUCAGAGAGUCUCUGUGCAGCAAGCUUAAGGGGAUUGUAACUUUCAUAAAUUGAAUAUGGGAAUGCAAUUUUAGGUUACAUUAUUCAGCCUGUAUAACUGCCGUGAAGAUCAACAGUCUAGGUAUAUUUUAAAGAUAUCAUUUAAAAGACUUACUUUGUGUGUUAAACAAAGUGAAUGAUUUUUAUUACACUUGUUACACUAUAUUAAAGUCUGGUAGGCACGUUGACUGUUGUUGCUUUCCAGGACAGUCAAACUGUGUGUUAGAAGCAUAAGGUACAGACACAUAGCAAGUUUUGCUUAUUCACAUUUUGCUCCCAUAUACAGUAUGUAGAAGAAUGAAAGCUGGCACUUUCCCAAUACGGCCCAAUAAACUCGAGACAUUCACAGUGAAACCAAAUAUACUGUAUUAUAAUCAGUUGGUGAUGUGGUGUUAUUGUUACAGCAUUUUGAAUAUGAAUGGCCAUUAUUAUUAGCUCUUUACAUCAUUUUACUUAAUCUGUAUAAUGAAGCAUGUGAGUUUUGUCAUCUACUUAAAUUUGUAUGGAGUUACUUAUUGUAAUCGGGUCCAAAACACUUUUCAUUUGAGAAGAGAUGACUCCCAGUUUGUAAGCUUAGGAGUAUAUCAUUUUACACUGUAAAAGCUAGGAUUGCAGUGCACUGCUUUUCAAUAAAACAAACCCCUUGGCAGCCCCUCUACUGUGGGUAGGUAUGAUUGCUGUUUAAACAAUGCCACUGUGUGCUUUUGGUUGCACUUGAUCUUGUUGCAUGUUAUUCUAGAAUGCUACUUUAUAUUUAUUUGUUUUAUUUCACAGGGUCAUGUGCAAUGUAAAUAUACAAAACUGCAAGAAAUGCUUUUCGUUUAAGUUAAGUUUUCUACUGCACAUGAAAACAAAACUACUGUUGACUUUGCUAAUAUACUACAAUUGGCAUUAAGCUUUUCCUUUUAUACUUAAAAGUUAAAAAAAACAAAAACAAAAAAAAACAACAUUUCAGUCAUCUGUUAAAGGCUUUGAAUGUGGAUGGGAAGAAUAUGUAACUAAAACAAUGCCAUCUACUGGAAAUAAGUACCUGCAGUGUUUUCCUAGAAUCUAAUUAGUGGUAGAAUCAGAUUUUUAAAAACCAGAUCAAUACAUUUUGAAAUACUGUAUGUGAGCACUGAAUUAUUCACAAUGCAUCACAGUUACACUCAAGUUUCCUACAAACUAUUUGAUAGAGACUAGAAAGUAAUUUCAGACAGUUUACAAUUCAGCUGAGUAACAAUGGCUUGACAGGUUUAACUACCUCUGUUGGGUGGUGUGUUCUUUCAUCGCUACCACUUACAGUUCUAAAGUAUCCGGAUGCUUUAAAGUAUGUAUAUAAAUGGUACUUAAUUAAAAUGUUGCAUGUUAAUAAAGGUUUUGAACAGUAAAAAAAAAAAAAAAUACAUAAUCUAACAUUGGACCACUAGCAUUAGAGACUGUUGGUGUGGAAUAAUAUUUAUUAAAAGUAUUCAGCAGAAAAAAAAAUAUAUAGGUUGAUUUGAAGCAUUUUAGCUAUUUUCUAUAAACAAGAUUUUAAUGUGUAUGUUUGUUAUACUUAUUAAAAACAAAACAAAAAAAUGGCUCAGCUUUUUUGACAAACUUUUUUUUUUUUUUAUUUGCUUUUCCUUGUUUACAAUUGUAUAAUUAGUCACUAAUUUAAAUGUAUGUGGAACACUACUGGAACAACUGUGUGACACUUUUGUAAAGCAUGUCUUAGAAUGAAAUAAAGAUGUAUUUAUUAUGAAUCAUCAAA